GCCGACUACCGCCGCGCCGCCACCAAGAACCAAAAUCAAUAGAAGCAGCGGACUAACUUGGGAUUGAGUUCGACGUCGCUGCCUUCACUGGAAAAUUUCGCUGGCGUUUCGUGUUCGAGGCGAAGCAUUUCCAAUGGAAGUCGUUUGCCCAAUCGACGAAAAGCGCGCCCCUGAAAUCUCCGCUCUUCUCCGACCUCCUCCUCCUCGCGAAAUCCAGGAUUACUUUGACCGACUUUUAGCCUCGCGGGAGUGCUGCCGCCUCAAGGUGAAACAAGAUGGCGAGCACGGGAAAGAGGCUUCUGCAGUUUGCCUUUCUACAAUUGAGAUUCUGUUGGAUUAUUGUUUUCCAGGUGUUUAUGCUGAUGUAGAGUUUAAAGAAGGGGAGCUUCUCUUAAGGGAUCAAAUGCUUUUUGGGUGUCAACAUCCCUUGAAUAAGAUUGAUUGUCUAGUAUGUAGCUUCUGCUUUCGCUUUAUUGGGACAUUAGAACUUCAAAUUGGAAGAAGAUUGUUUUUUCAAGAUUUAGGUCUCUCUUCAAGCCAUGGAUGUGAUACUGGUGCGUGCUCCGAUGUUUCAAAUGAUCAUGGGGCAUCUGACUCAUCUGAUGGAGACGACAUCAUGGAUGAGAGAAGUUGUGAUGACUCUCGUGGAUGUGCUUCAGGAAGCAAGAGAGCAAAAGUUCCUCUGCCCAAGGAAAUCGUUGAAUCAUUGAUGAAUGGUGAAAUAGUAUUGCCAUACUCUGACAAAUUUUCUGCGCCACCAGUUGUUCCAUGUGCAGGGGGAUGUCAAGAAGCUUACUAUUGCAGCAAAGCGUGUGCAGAUGCUGACUGGAAUUCAUUUCAUUCUUUGCUGUGCACUGGAGAGAAGUCAGAAGCAUUUUCUGCGAAGGCUCUUCUCCAGUUCAUGCAACAUGCUAAUGAAACAAAUGAUAUUUUCAUUCUGGCAGCCAAAGCAAUUGCAUACACUAUAUUACGGUAUAGGAAGUCAAAAGCAAAUUUUCUGACUAGUUGUAAGGAGGACGCGGCUCGUGUUAUGGAUAAAUUUCAUAUGCCCUUACUUUUAGAAGCAUGGAAGCCAAUAUCAGUCGGUCACAAGAGAAGGUGGUGGGAAUGCAUAGCACUGCCAGAGGAUGUUGAUCCUUCUGAUGAAGCUGGAUUUAGGAUGGAAAUUAAAGAGCUUGCCUUUAAGUCACUGCAACUCCUGAAGGCGGCUAUUUUUGACAAAGAAUGCGAACCAUUAUUCUCACUUGACAUUUAUGGGCACAUCAUUGGAAUGUUUGAGCUGAAUAAUCUUGAUCUGGUUGUAGCAUCUCCUGUGGAAGAUUACUUUUUGUAUAUCGAUGAUCUACCAUCUCCUGAGAAGGAAGAAGCCAAGAAAGUAUCUCAACCAUAUUUGGAUGCCCUUGGUGAUGAGUAUGCAGUUUCUUGUGAGGGCACGGCAUUUUUCCCCUUGCAGAGCUGUAUGAAUCAUUCCUGCCAUCCUAAUGCCAAAGCUUUCAAACGAGAAAAGGAUAGAGAUGGUCAAGCAACGAUAGUGGCAUUGAAGCCCAUUCCAAAGGGAGAAGAGGUCACAAUUUCAUACAUAGACGAGGAUUUACCCGUUGAAGGGAGGCAGGUACUGCUAGCGGACUAUGGUUUCACUUGCAAGUGUUCGAAGUGCCAACAAGAAUCUUAAUAGACAGUACUGCAUAAGUUUGCAUCCCAUGGUCGCUCAGACAACAUAUCAUUGAAGGGUUCAAUUAUGGUCGUGAGAGCUGUGACGAUGUAAUGUUAGCUCGGCCGAGUAUCGUGACAUAAUCACGACUCAAUUAAAGGUAAUGUUUGAUCGGCCAAUAUCCAAAGACUUCCCCA